GCAGGUGUCGCCAAAGCGUUGUGUAGAGCCCGGCUGUCAGCAGCAUGUACUGUACAGUAGGACAGCUGGGCUUUAUUUUGCUUCCCAGACUGGAAACCACUGUAGUGCAGUUGGACUUGACGUCUAGCAACACAACAUCAGACUUUAAAAAAGCAGACCCGGUGGCUUUGCAAGUUAGCGGCUGCAUUCACAGUGCCUCCUCACAUGCCAGCACUCUUCUGUAUGCCGGUGGACUCUGAUUUAAUUGGGUUUCCAUCUGAGCCGAAAGAGAAAAGACCUCUGUGUUCUCUGCUCUGACUUGGAAGUCCUACAGCUGGAUAAAUCCAAAGAUAAGACAGGAGACCAGGAGUUGUCCUUAAAUGACCAGAGAACAAACAUCCACCUGGAGCCAUGUUUUCCACUGCCUGCCAGUCAUGGUGCCAGUGUGAGAGUGCCCGAGUAGCCCCUGCUGAGCUUGGGACUGCAGCAACAGGACAAAACACAUAAGAGGAAGAAAAAUACAAAGGGGGAGUAAGCCGGCAAAAGAGCAAGGAGAAUCAGAGGAGACGGCAUGUUGGUUAAAGUUGAGUUAAAAGGCAAGCCCGACUCUAGAGGAGAGACGUAUUGAUUCAACCUCUCAGCUCACAGAAGGUAAAGAGGCAGAGUUGCUCAUCCGUAGGUUGAAAGGUUGACAGACAGCCAAGAAUUCAGGGUAUUGGUCAUGACUGCGGGCCUGCUGCUGGGAGGAUAGAGAUCAGAUUAACAGCAUCUACAACACAGCCUCCAUCCUCAUCUAACCCCACCUCCAAACAACCCGUCGAUCUCUCUCCCCCUCAGCCAUCACUGUAGUCCACAAAGUCCACUGUGACAAGAGAGCUGAACCCUCAUACGGGCUAGUUUACCAGGCUGCAGCAUCCUGUGAGAACAAAGAGUGACCUCACGAGCUGUCGCUGAAGCAGGGAAGAGACACUCACCCGCCGCGGGGCUUCAGAGACGGCGGCCUUUUAACCAAGCACAUGGGCUGUUGAUGAAAAAAGAUGGCAGUGAGACUGACAGGCGCCACCCCUUCCUCUCGGCCACCCUCCCUCCCCCAGCGGCCGUGGCUCGGACCGGUUAAGGUUGGUCUGUUGGCAUCCAUCGCAGCAUCUGCAGCAGCUGGCAGAGCGUGGGAAGGAGCAGUAUGCAGGAAACUGAUGUACCGGCCACGAAUGCCUUCAAAGAGUGCAAAUUCCACUGCACCAAUGGGAAUUGCUUGCGUCUGGGCUCGCUGAUCUGCAACCAGCUGAAUAACUGUGGGGACAACAGCGAUGAGGAGAACUGCCCUGUGGUCACCCAACACCCUCCGCCGGGCAUCUUCAACUCUGAACUGGAGUUUGUUCAGAUCAUCAUCAUCAUCGUUGUGAUGACUGUGAUGGUGGUGGUGAUCAUCUGCCUGCUCAACCACUACAAGCUCUCCACCUGGUCUUUCAUAACGAGGCAGAGCCAGGCCCGCAGGCAUGACCAUGCCCUACAACAGGACGGGUGCCUGUGGCCUUCAGACAGCGGCUCUCGGCAAGGUGCCUCAGAGGUGUUAUAUGCUCCGCAGGCGAGGGAUCGCUUCACCGCUCCCUCCUUCAUGCAGCGUGACCGCUUCAGCCGCUUCCAGCCCACCUACCCCUACCUGCAGCAUCAGAUUGACCUGCCGCCCACCAUUUCUCUGUCGGACGGGGAGGAACCACCGCCGUACCAGGGACCCUGCACCCUCCAGCUCCGUGACCCUGAGCAGCAGAUGGAGCUGAACCGCGAGUCGGUGAGGGCACCGCCCAACCGGACCAUCUACGACAGUGACUUGAUCGACAUGGGAGGAGGCGGGAGUCUAGGAGGGGUAGGGGGAGGAGGGGCGGGGAUGGGGGGCGGCGGCCCGAGGCCGCCCAGCAGUAACUCGGGCAUCAGUGCCGCCAACUCCAGCAGCCACGGGCGUAUGGAGGGCCCCCCGCCAGCAUACAGCGAGGUGAUAGGCCACUACCCUGGCUCAGCAUUCUUUCUACACCAGCACAGCAAUAACCAGAGGGUGGGGAGGCCGGGGGGGCUAGGGAGCAGGACGAUCCAGCAGCAGAGCCAAUCAGAAAGCACAAUUGUACCUGCCAAGGCCAAGGACGGCCAACCAGAGGACUUGGUGUGAAGAAACAGGGAGGGGAGAGGUAGGGCCACCCACCCCAGACUGAGAACUGUGUCUCUCGUUCACCCCAGACCUCUUGUAAGCCGGGGUCUCUCUUAUCGCUCUGUCUCUCACGUCCUCUCUCCACACUCCCAUGCACAAACACACCAACCUUAGCUACAGAAACGAGCAAAGAGAGGAACCAACAACUGAUUUCAUUUCAUCCACGCGCUAGCACUGCUGGGACAGGAUGUACGCACUGUGUCCAGACUUUUUUUUUCCUCCUUAUUUUAAGAAAGAACCACACUGCUAGCACAGAUUGAAACAGUUUUCUCUUUCACCCCCCCCCCCCCACUCCCCUGGUGGUGAUACCACUGUCCCCAGGAACUGAGGAGGAUCAGUUUUGGGUUUUUUUUUUCUGUUUUUUUUUUUCUUCUUUCUUCAUUGUUUUUCUGUUUUUGGACCGGGAUCUGUGCACAAAGCGAGAACUGAGAAUCAAGGACUUUACAGAGAACACAACGAAACAAGAGACUCACAAACCCAAAUCUUAGUGCCAAGGUUCACAAGGAAGCAAAACAAAGCGGGGGGAAUGACUUGUUUUAACAUUGAAACCACAAAAGAAACGUUAUCUCAAAGUUGCACUAUCUUUUUGUUGUAAAAGAGAAGAGGGAAAUGAUGUUAUGUUAUAACAGUGAUGUUUUUAAUUUCCUGUUUUGUUUGUUUGUUUGUUUUUUGGCCUUUUUGUGAAUGGACUGAUUGACUGAACUUUGGCUCCAAAGUUGUUUUAAACAGUUGGGAGCAAAAACAAAAAAUCAAAACAAAAAACCCAACAACAACAACAAAAAAACAACAAAAAAACAAACAAGUAUUAUAAGCUUAUGUCCUUCCUUUUAUGAAAACCGCAAGAAAUCCUUGUACCCAGCCUAAACAUCUCUGUCUGCUUACACCACAGGCACAGUGAGACUUAGUAAGAGAAUAACCUGUACUGCUUCAUGUCUGCGUUCACAUCAUGGGGAGAGGUGGGGGUAAUCUGCCUCAUGAGCAGCUGCUGGAUUGAUGGCGUGUUAUAACAAACCACCAGAGGAAGUGAGCAAAGAUUAGAGUCCUAAACACAGCUUGGCUGGAUUCAGUGGGAUCCAGGCUCAGGUUUGUGAGAUAUCAGCCCAGCUGCUUUGAUAUCAAGUUAAAAAAAGCCCUCAGCCUCUGUCUAGCAGCGUGGUCAGAGCAGAUUCUUCUCAUUUCAAAUCUACCCCGUCUGCUGAGCACCUGAUGUUUCCUCUCACCCCCCUUCCCUGCAUCCAGGUCCACCGCCCUUCCCCAAAUGCUCGUCUCAGACAUCUUGCACAGUGCAUUCUGCCAACAGCCACCACACUGAACUGGAACCCACACAGAAAAACGCAAAAUAUGCGAAGAAGAAGAAGGAGGGGGGAAAAAAGAAGGCUCGGCUCUCCAUCUUCACGUUUCUAAAGCCACAAAAGAAUGACACAAAGUGAAGAUUCCUGUCUGCGUCUGUCAGCACAGAGAUCAGGUUUUUAAAGGAAAACUGUCUGUGGUCAAAGUCAAAGGGCUAUGGGAGGCUCCUUUUUGUAAAAGAAACACAGAAAAAAACCUUUUUGAAAAUCUAGCCUUUUUCUCUGCUCAUCGUUGCCUUCUCCUCUGCUCUUGCGCUUUAUCUGUCUCUCUUUCCUGUUUGCGCCAGUCCCCCUCCCCCCUUUUCUAACAGUGCGUCUCCGGUAAACACUGUUCAUCAUCACUCCUUCCAUCCAUCCGUGUGCAGAAAAAGUGCGAUCAAAUGAUGCAGAGUCCGCCGAGCCCUUUAAAGUGGAGACUGGAGUGGAGUCCUCAUUCGGCAGCGAGCUGGUGCAGCCCUCUCCUCACUGUAUAAGUGUGUACACGUGUGCGUUUGUUGGUCAGACCUUUUAACAACACAGAAAAGCACUUAAUGCUCCUGCAGGAGUUUUGUGUGUGUGUGUGUGUGUGUGUGUGUGUGUGUGUGUGUGAUUGUAACUGAAUGAUUUAUUAACUGACUCCUUUGAGUUUAAACAUUCAAGGACAUAUUACUUCUUUAACACAGCUUCAGUUCAGCUUUCAUUGGAAUACAGUCGAGUGUCUUUCUUAAAAAGACAGAAAUGCUCCUUGUUUGAUUGUCACAGUGCAGAGGUGACAUCACAGUGAGCCUCAGGAAAAGCCCAGCUGUGAUGAUGAUGAUGUGAGUCUGUUCCAUACUACGUACUGGUUCCAGGCAUGCUAGCAGUACAGCCUCAGCACGUCGGCGUGCACGGGGGACAUGCUUGUUUUCUUAGUGAAGUACAGUCUUUAUAGUUAAAUCCUUGAAAAACAAAAGCUCUGCUUUCGUUGUAGGAUCAGAGGACAAGGCUGUAUGAAUUUGAUGUUUUUCCUACUCUCAGCAAAUCUCAUGAAAAGUGUCUAAAUGCUUUGACCUCCUCACCCCGUCUGUAGCACUCAGCACCAGUUCCAUUCAUUUCUGCUGAAGAGACAAUAUUUAAAAGAUGCAUUUGGCUCAAGGUUAAAUUAGUGUGUUUCUUGUUAAUGCCAAAAUCCAUCGUCGAAGAGCAAUCUCUUUCACAGUCCACUGUUGUCACGAUUUUAAAGCUCUGUACGUGGGAGUCAUUAUGACAGGUCUGUUAGUGAACCUUUUAAAAAAAAAAAAAAAAAAAAAAAAAA